UUCCCUGUCUGUUUCUUUUAGGAAAUUGUAUUAGUGGUAUUCUUUGGAACAGAAUAUGUGGUUCGGUUAUGGUCAGCAGGAUGCCGCAGUAAAUAUGUUGGAAUAUGGGGAAGGCUUCGUUUUGCUAGGAAGCCUAUUUCAAUCAUUGAUUUAAUUGUAGUCGUUGCUUCCAUGAUAGUUCUUUGUGUGGGCUCUAAAGGUCAAGUCUUUGCAACCUCCGCUAUCAGGGGCAUCCGUUUUCUGCAGAUUUUACGAAUGCUGCAUGUUGACCGUCAGGGUGGUACGUGGAGGCUGCUGGGAUCAGUAGUGUUCAUACACAGACAAGAACUGAUAACUACUCUCUACAUUGGAUUUCUGGGCCUGAUUUUUUCCUCUUAUUUUGUGUACCUGGCUGAAAAAGAUGCUGUAAAUGAUUCUGGAGAAACAGAAUUUGGCAGCUAUGCAGAUGCCCUGUGGUGGGGAGUGGUGACUGUAACAACUAUUGGCUAUGGGGAUAAAGUGCCUCAGACCUGGAUAGGAAAGACCAUUGCAUCUUGUUUUUCAGUAUUCGCAAUUUCAUUUUUUGCACUACCUGCGGGGAUUCUUGGUUCAGGCUUUGCCCUAAAGGUACAACAGAAACAAAGGCAGAAGCAUUUCAACCGUCAAAUUCCAGCUGCUGCCUCUCUCAUACAGACUGCAUGGAGAUGCUAUGCAGCAGAAAACCCAGACUCUUCUACAUGGAAAAUAUACAUUCGAAAACCUGCCAGAAAUUAUCAUUUGCUGUCACCCAGUCCAAAACCGAAGAAAUCUGUGAUGGUUAAAAAGAAGAAAUUUAAGUUAGACAAGGACAAUGGACCUUCUUCUCCAGAUAGGAUGUUAACUGUUCCACAUAUCACUUAUGACCACGUGAUGGAGGACAGGAAACCUGAUUUCAGUUUUGAACCAUAUGAAAAUUCUGUGAAAAAAAGCCCGACGUUUUUAGAUGUGAACACAGGACCCUUCAUCAGGACCAACAGCUUUGCUGAUGAGCUUGACCUGGAGGGUGAGACACUGUUGACCCCUAUAACUCACAUCUCACAGUAA